UACAGGAAACAAGGGCAGAGAGGGAAACAGGAACAGAAAGUGAAGACUUGUCAAGAUGUUGUCUGGGUGAGGGGGACCAGAGCAGAGCAGAAGCUCGAUGCCAAAACAGAAACGGCAGCAAAGUUUGAGCGGCUGACUGGAUCAGAGCUGACCUGACACUUCACACGUGCCUGCCGGACACCUGAAUCGAACCAGCUCUCUGCAAUUCAGAAAAAAGCCAAAGGGCAGGAGGAUAAGAGGAAUCUGGAGAAGUCAAAGAGCAAGAAAACACUUUGCUGAGAGCCAGGCAACAUAAACAAACUUGGCUGAAGAGCAGAUUUGUGGCUUUUUUGUCGUGCAAACAGAUCAGAAGCCUCACAUCCAAGGGGGCUUAAAUAAACCUCCUGGUAAACGACAUGAACUAUCAUACUUUUGGAUGUGUACAGCUGUGGCUUCGACGACAGCCUCAGGGAUUCUUAAACAAAGCAGAUAUACAUCCAUGUUUACAGUGCUGUGGCCUGAGUGCAAAUACAGAGCCUUAUGAAUAGAAAGAGACUAAACUUUGAUCAGUCCAAACAGCCAAUAAAAGUUUAAAAUGUCUGAGCUGACAGCUUCAGGAUUUGUUGAUGAACUCUGAGAGAACUUCAAAGCUUGAUUCAGAUUACAUAAAAGGACUUUUAUCUUAAAUUACCACUGUAUCUUAAUUACUUUCAGUGUCUCCACUGACUUCAAAACUUCACAAAGUCUCCAAAGGAUUUAUUAAAACUUUACAACUAGCAGAGAGACUCAAUUAAAAGCAGCCACCACUCUUCUGCAAACGCCAUGGAUGGGAAAACAGACAGCAUCCAGGAGUUUUUCAACCAACUGUGGAGCUUUGCCACAGAAAAACACAACCAGGGCAUCUACAACACAGUGUGCCUCAUUGUCCUCCUCACACUGCCGCUGCUCGUCCUCCUCACGACGCUGGUAGUGUGCUGUCACUGCUGCUGCUGUCGCCAUGCCAACGGAUGCUGCUGCUGCUGCAGGGACUCCAUGGCAACGACAAGGUCAGAGACGAAGAAGAAGAAGAGCUCGGCCAAUAACACAGAAGACCUGUGGAUCUCUGUUAAGACGGGGCCGAUGACACCUGACAGGGUGGCUCUGGCCAUGGUGUAGACGCCGUCUUUGUUUCAAACCGCCAUGACUGUUUCAAACUGCCAUGAUGAAUAAGAAAGAGAUUUUCAAACUAUUUUAAACUCCGGAUGAGGCUGCAGAACUUUUGAAAGACAUGUAAGAGACUUCUGGUAGAAACGGGUGAAUCAUUGGUUAAAAAGUGUUUUUGUAUUCUCAUGCAGACAAUGUUUACAACAUUUGUAUAUUUUUCAUUGUGUGGUACAUAAAGGAAGACAUAUGCUUCACUGAGACAUCGCUGUAAAUGUGUGUGUUGCGCGAGUGGGUUGGAGAGUGAGUGUGUGUGUGGGAGAGAGACAGAGAGCAGUACAGUGUUAUUGAGAGCACUUUGUUCUUGGAGCUCCCAUGUGAAAUUCAAUGGGUCUGUAUUUGGGAAAAAGAGCCAAUUUAAGUCCUGCCCAGUGUUCAGACGUCUCUGUAAUGGUGUCUACUCUUCGCACUCUGGGUCGCUGAUUGACUCUUACUUUGGAAAGUAAAAACCCCUGACUUCUAAAAAGUUUCACUACUUUCUGCUCUAACUUUCACAAUGUUAAUCCACACAAGAGGCACUUUUCAUAUGUUUUUAGAGUGCUGGACUAUGUUUUCAUUUCCAGAUAAAGCCAUGGAUAUUUUCUUUAGUAUUAGAAAACAAUCACAGUUUUGUUCAUGAAAUGAAAUAUUUGGUUUUAAUUUAAUUAUCAAAUUUAGUUUUAAGCACUUUCUUCAAAUGCUCCAGAGGUCUUAAUAUUUGCUUUAGAAAUAGAUGUAAAGGACUUCUUUACAGAGAAAACAUGAUGAUAGGGUUUUUGAGGGACUACACAAAAUAUAAGUCCAUAUUUUGUAUUUGAUUUGUGUCUGUUUUUGCAUUAACCUAAGAUCAAAACAGCACAAUUGAUACUUGCACUGAUUAUGUUUCCUGUCAUCCUCAUUAUGUUCAUGUCAACAGCUGACAACAGCAGAUUUUCUUUCUUCUUCCUGUAUGUUUUUUUUUCAUGACCAUUUCAGCAAAUUUACAUUUGUUUUUACAUUAAAAUGUGAUAAUUGCUUUUAAAUUAUUAUCACACUCAGAACUGUACUUGAGAUAUUAUGGAUUAAAACAUUUUUUAAAAACCAAAUGUGUUGUAAAUGUUUAAUUAGAUAAAAAUCAGAACAAAACUCACUAGCACAUAUGUCAUUGGUUAUACCAUGGUCUUGGUGAAAACUCUAUUCUGAUUGGCUCUGGAAGUUCUACAGGUGUCAAUUAACUUUUGAUAUGAAACUUUGCAAGUAGUUCCAGUCAAAAAAAUCUACUCUUUUCCAAAUUAAUGCGUCACAGCCAUUAGACCAGAGGAGUAUUGGCAGUAAUGUGAAGCAGUCACAUUCUUCAAGGACACAAAUAGAAAAUUAAUACAACAAUAAGCAAUAUCAUAAUUUCAUUAAAUUUAUUUGAUGAAGAUGACAACGUGGAUGACUGGGAUGCUACUGAAGAAUGUUGAUGUGUGUUUGGUCUUAAAGCCGAGUGUCACUCACUGUCCAUCUGAGCUUUGCUUUGCCACGUGAUGUAACUUUAGGAUAUGUGUUGACGAUAAUAGCUGGACUGCACCGACUAGAUGUCAAUAAAGACAGUCUAAUCUCCUACAUCCGACAUAGCUAUGACUGAUUUCCAGGCUCAACUUAACACCCAGAGGUGAGUGUUGCAAAGAAACACACUUUCCUCCUGUUCUAACUUCUGUCAAACUAUUUUCAAAAGAUUUAAGUAAUAUAAACCAAAAGCAAAGGAGCCAUUAUUUAUUUGUAGAGCCAAAGGAAAUGCUUCUAAUAAACCAACACAUUAUCUCAUAAAUGUUAACAUGUUUCUUAUAUUAACAUGUUUAAAAUGCCCCUGCCCUGCUCCUCUGUCUUUAAUUAUGGAGUCUUUCCAUCAAAUUGGCAAACCACACAUUUAUGUACCAAAUAGUAUUUCUUCUUUUUUAAUGGAUGAAUAUGACAUAGUCUGAGAGAACUUACUUUGCAGUGGCAACCAUCCUCCACUGCACAUCAAACUGUUCAGGCCACUGCAUCAUCCAUUAAUCCCUGAUAACUGCACACCUGGUUGGCGUUAACUCUUACUUAUAAGCUGCAUACUGGUGCAAUGCUCCAUUGUCUCACAACAAGGUUUCUCAGCCAAAUCCCGGUCAGACAGGGCAUUUCUGUGUGGAGUUUGUUGUCCUCAUGCAAGUAUGAGUUAUCAGACUUGGUGCAUGUUUGCUGCCUCACUUCUUCGCUCCAGCUUGCACCAUCCUGGCUUUCAUACCAGGUGUGUGUUGGUUGUGUCUCCCUGUUACAGCCCUGUCUUUCAUGAUAAGUUUUAACAAUAUAAAUCUACCUAUAAAUGACAUGAGCCACUGUUUAACUGAGCUGGGGAAUUUUCAGAAUAAAAUCAUUCUGUACAAAGAGGUGAGUUUCCCCACAAAAAUGCUAAACCAGGCUUUUACUUUGAAAAGCAAGUAUAAUAUUGAUAUAUUAUCAUUUAAUUAUAUUGUCAUUAUUACUAAUUUCAUCAGGGUCAUCAAGAAACAUUGAGCUAACAUCUUCUACCAUGCGGAUAAACAUAUCUGCUUAAAAAAUUAUAAAUAUGGCUCCAUCAUUUCCUGUCUGUUUAGGCAGGACAACAUAGGCAAGUCUUCUGUUCUCCAGAUUCUCAGUGCUAAGAUGCACAUAUCAGGCAUGAGACAUGGUGCUUAUGUAGGAAAUGCCCUGACUUGUGAACAUGCAAGCCGUGACAUUGCCUAACACAGGUGCCAUGCACCCAGUCUGAAAUAUCAGCCAGGGUGCCGGUGUUAUUGUGUCUGUAUUGGUCCUGUGACUGACAUAGCUUGCCUCUCAAUACAGCUAUGAAUGACUCCAGCCCCCCGUGACCCAGACUGGGCCAUGUGGUAUAGAAAAUGGAUGGAUGGAUUGAGUUAAUUAUAUGAGAAGUAGAGCUACUCCAAAAGGUUAUUUUUACGUUAAAAAUUUCUGAAGUAAAAUAUCCACCUGCCAUAUUUUCUUUACACCUACACACUCUCUUUACAUUGUUACAUAAAGUGCUGUUUGUAAGUUUGACUGGUUUAAAGAAGGUUUAAAGAGCUUUAAAGUAGGCACAUUUUGAAAUUCUUUUUCUCAACCCCCUGUUUUAAAUCUUCUAUAAGACAUGAAACCCUGAAGUAAUGUGUUGUAUUCGGAUUGGAUUGUGUCUGAUGGCUGGUUUUUAUUUCUAAGUAUAUGACAUCCCAAAGCCCAAUUAAGCCGAAGUGUCUCAGUAGUAAAUUCAUCUUUAUGCAUUAGCUUACACUGGCACUGAGCUGAUCUCCAAGCUCAAGUGCUGCUGGGAAAACAGGCCCUGCUCAUUUCAUUACAUCGCAGACAGAUUCAUUCCCAUGUGGAAAUCUGGGUUUGUCUCCUCUUUUUCAUGUUCAGAGAGAGAAACUUGACUUGUUAGGCUUAAUUUGAAAGCUUGCCCUGCAAAAUAAAAGUCUCUGCUUCUAUGCAUAAUCACUAAUAAGUGUGACUAUCUAAACUGAGAGGGUGCCAAGAAACAGCAUCAUCGUGGUGUCUCAGGGUUGGCUAAACAUGUCCCUUAUGUAUGGAUCUGUCUGAUAGUUUUGCUUCUGGAGGCGCUAACCACACACUUUAUGAAAUAGAUCUGAAAGAACAGGAGAUCAGGUAGAAAAGAUGCAGAGCUGAUGCACAUUUAUCUAUUUAAAUUACUGAAAACUUAAUAAUCACAACAUGAAUACCUAUGGGUUCUUUGUGCUUGUUUGUGAUGGAGUGUGUUACUUCUCUUUUGUGUCCUUCUGUAAUCGUCUAUACAGAUAAUUCACUGAAGAAAAUACUCCUUGGACUAUGUAAGAAAACUUCUGCAUUAGAGUCUGCAUUUUUGGGCUAAAUUAAAUAAAGUUGGUCUAGUUAUUUUCCCCUGUUUGAAGUGUGUAUGCAAGGCUAAACUAGCUUGCUGUAAUAUUUUAUAUCCCACAGAAAUGUGUGAAGUAACAGCACCUUAUUGUAUUCUGAUGGUCAAUUUCUGACAACUUCUCUCACAGACUGUUCAUCUGAGAUGCUGUUUAUCUCAAAACAGAAAUGCACAUAAAAACUUAAGAUAUAAAAUUGUAUUGAACUUCUGUUAAGGGCUAUGGUAAGGGUUACCAAAAGUAAGAUGUUACAAACCUGACCUGCAAAACCUAAAAACAAAACAUUUAAUAAAACCAGGUAGCCAGUCUGUUUACAGGAAAAAGGCUAAUCCUCCAUGAAAUCAUUCUACAUCUUACAUAGCUUUAUCAUCUUUCUAAGCUAUGUAGAUAAUGUAGCAAUGUAGGCUACAGAGCGAACAUUGCUAAAGCUAAGCUCACAAAGCAGCUAUGUAAGCUAUAUGUCUAACUUGUCUGUGUAAGUGAGUAAGCUUUCGCUACACUUGUUAAAGCUAACAUUACAAAAGCUAACUUAGCAUAGAAAAUGUAGCUACAUAGCUAUGUAACUAAAGCUUAGCUCACAAAGCAGCUAUACAUGUGUCUAACUUAUCUGAAUAGCUAAGUAAGCUUAAGCUACAUUUUUUAAAGCUUACAUUCUUCAGCUAACUGAGCUAUCAAUAAUAAAGCUGCAAAGCUAAAGAAGCUAACCUAGCUAAAGCUAAGCUCACAAAGCAGCUAUGUGAGCUAUGCGUCUACAUUAUAUGUUCCUUACUUUGCUAAAGCUCAUUCUGCUUAAGCUAACUUAGCUAUAGAAAAAAUAGCUACACAGCUGCAACCUUUUUCUGUUUUAUUAAUGAAAUGUUGCUUAGUCUGAAAUGUUUGCAAUGUGGUUAUUUCAUGUAUGUAACUGCAAAACUUUGUUUUUGAAUAAAGUUGAAAAGAUCUAAA